GCCCCGCCCCCUCGCGGUCAGGUUAGUGGUCACCUCCGAGGGUUCGCUGCCGGUGCUUCCGCGCGGACGCUGUGCCGCACGACUCCGGGCGGAUAACGGAGGUGCCCUCCACUCGCCGGCCCGGCCCUGGGAUGGCCCCCAAAUUCCCAGAGUCUGUGGAGGCGCUCCGCGCCGCCGGCAAUGAGAGCUUCCGCAACGGCCAGUACGCCGAGGCCUCCGUGCUCUACGGCCGCGCGCUGCGGGCGCUGCAGGCGCGAGGUUCUUCAGACCCGGGAGAGGAAAGCGUUCUCUAUUCCAACCUAGCAGCAUGCCACUUGAAGGAUGGAAACUGCAGAGACUGCAUCAAAGAUUGCACUUCAGCACUGGCCUUGGUUCCCUUCAGCAUUAAGCCCCUGCUUCGGCGAGCAUGUGCCUAUGAGGCUCUAGAGAAGUACCACCUAGCCUAUGUUGACUACAAGACUGUGCUGCAGAUUGAUGAUAAUGUGACAUCAGCCCUGGAAGGCAUCAACAGAAUGACCAGAGCUCUUAUGGACUCGCUUGGGCCUGAGUGGCGCCAGAAGCUGCCCUCUAUCCCCUUGGUGCCUCUUUCAGCUCAGAAGAGGUGGAAUUCCUCGCCUUCGGAGAAGCGCAGAGAGACAGCUAAAAACAUAUCCAAAGAAACCACAACUACAAAGAGCAGAGUGCCUUCUGCGGGGGCUGCGGAGAGAGCCAGAGUUCUGAAGGAAGAAGGCAAUGAGCUUGUAAAGAAGGGGAACCAUAAGAAAGCUGUUGAGAAGUACAAUGAAAGCCUCUUGUUUAGUAACCAGGAAUCUGCGACAUACAGCAACAGAGCGCUCUGCUAUUUGGCCCUGAAGCAGUACAAGGAAGCAGUGAAGGAUUGCACGGAAGCUCUCAAGCUGGAUGGAAGGAACGUGAAGGCAUUUUACAGGCGAGCUCAAGCCUACAAGGCACUCAAGGACUAUAAAUCCAGCUUGGCAGACAUCAGCAGUCUCCUACAAAUUGAGCCCAGGAACGGCCCUGCACAGAAGUUGCGGCAGGAAGUGAAGCAGAACCUAAACUAAGAGCCCAGGAGGACAGCAGGAGCCUCUGCCUGACCUGACCCAGAGAAGCCAGGGGUUGCUGCCUCUGCCCGCUCCUGAAACCCAGCAUGUCCCGGAGUGACCUCUGAAGCACCCUCCCCGGCCCCUCGAUGGCCUCCCACCCCUUAAGGGGCUUUGCUUGUUCAAAUUAAGCUCAAUGUAGUCAAACAGACGUUGUUGUUUCGCCAGAAAGGUCCCCACUAGGCUGAAGCGUGAAGCUGACGCCCUGUCCCCAACCCCCUUGCCUCAGAUAGCGGAUCAUACAGACAGGUCCUCGUCAGCAAAGCAGUUGGCUUUGUUGCUGCCCCCAGCAUGCUUCAAACUGAGUGCUGCCCUUGUAGCUCCACCAGCCCCCCCCCCCACUGCAGUUAAUCUGAACACCGGAGCUGGGGUGGGGGUGGGGGCUAAGCUAGAAAACCCUGACCCAAAGCAGCCUGUUGAGCUGGUUCUCCAGGGCUGCAAUCUCCCCUGUGUGCGGUUGCUAUCCCUGUCUGUCCUUGGCACAGUCUCCUGUGUCUGAGCCCCAGUGCCUUUUGUCCAGGUCCUCCUUUGUUGGGCAGGCAGAGCCCUGACCCUUGGAUGGCUCUGUCCUUGACUCUGUGCCGCUGCCUUCUGCAUGGAGGUACCUAAGCUGUUUCAAGAGCCCAGUGGUUGUGGCUGCUCCUCCUGGAGGUAGGAUAGGGAGAGAGGCCUCCUGGAGGUCACUGUCCUUCUUUUCUGGGCAGGAACUUGCCUUUUUGCUCCAACAGUGGCCUUCUCCAGGCAUCAUAGUUCUUUGUAAUAUGUUGAAGUUAAUUUGAACUGACGGAUUUUGUUGAACUGUGUGUUUAAGCUAUUGCAUUAAAAGGCUUUCUUCUACAUAAAUGUCUGUUGUACUUUCAUUUGUGCCUUUUCAGCUUUGCGCCUGGAACUUGGUAGUAAUAAUAAUAAAAGCUAUUUCAUAUUGGGCAUUCA